CAAUUCUAAUGCUAUUCCGUAAAAGCUCUCUUCUUUAUCAUUCUCUCUCUAGUCUCCAGAAUUUGGCGGUUGUUAUUCUGUCCCUUUGUGGCUCCAUGAAUAUAGCCCUCCCCACCAAAGCCUUCGCUUGGACGUUGAUCAUGAGCAUUCUGAUCCUAACUCUGGUGAUUUCACUGUCGUUUGCUGAAUCCUCUAGUUCUUGUCUGUUUAUAGGUGCUAGCUCCACUUGCGCAGUUCUGCAUUUCGCGACAACCAUGGUAGGGAACAGAGCCCCUUCGAUGGCUUCAAGCACAAAGGUUCGAAAAUUUGGGGAAGCUUCCGUUGGCACAGUGGUAGAGUCGGCGAGGAAAGUCCCAACCGGACCCGACCCUCUUCAUCACAACAAGAAUCCCACUGGCCCUUGUGCUGAUAUCUCCUCUGUUAGAGGAUAGGAUUUUAACUUGGAUGCUUUCUAACCCGUGUUGCAAUCCCCUGCUUCUGUAUGAUCGAUGCUUAGAUCCCUUUCAACAAUCUAUAUACUUUGCAUUCACCGUAUUAUUAGUGACUCCAAAAUCCCGAGAGCCAGCUAUAUGUUUCCAAUAUAAUAUGCUUGGCUAGUUCGGUUUGUUCGUGAUUUGAAAUUUUGCAUUGGGUUUUGUC